CACGUGAUGGUGCGUGUAUGCAAGAGUGUGUUACGGUGGCAACUCGAAAAGUAAACAAAACUAGCAAAGAUUUGAAGUGGACAAAUAACUCCACAGAUUGAUUUGUUGGAGAAGCAGCUCCUCGCGCUGAUCAUGAUGGAUACCGGAAGUAGUUCAACCCGCCAAUCUCAGCAGACUUUGCUUGUGGACGAGAGCCCUACCGAAGAAAUUCCCAUGUAUAGCCGAGAACGGCCUCCUAUGUAUCAUCUGGUUGAUUUCGACGGGUCAGGCAAACUGGUCGACAUUCUAAAGGAUGAAGGCGAGAACAGUCUUAGUCACUACAUCAAAUCUGAUGAAUUUACGUCUAACAUGUACAUGGAGAAUGGCAAAUUAGUUGGGAACGAGGUGGAGGUACCAGACUUCAGCCCAUUUGCAACACGAAUUGAUAACCCGUUGCUAGCUCCUGCAAGACUGCGGGGUGUGACCAAUAGACCAGUGGCAAGGGUAAUGGCAUAUUGGAGGGAGGACAGAAGGGGUGUCAAUCUGGAGACGCCGUUGCUAGUGUGUUGUUGCCUAAUGCCGACUCAGUACAACUACAGCCAUGAUUCAGGAACAGGAGAGAGCAGGUUGCUGUUUACUCGCCUGGCACGCUGCCUGAUUGAAACAUAUCCUCAAUUAGUGAAUGACAUAUACCUCGGAAGAGAAUAUUUUGGAGAGAGUUGCAUUCAUUUUGCUCUUGUCAAUAAAGAUAUGGGGUUUUUGAAGUUUCUCAUUGAGCAUGGCUCAUGGAUCAAUCAUCGAGCUCGAGGGACGUUCUUCCUUCCUGUUGAUCAGCAAGAGUUGCACAAGCAGGAUCAAAUGUGCAGCCAUGAGACUGACUAUUGUGGCGAUAAAUAUUAUGGAGAAUACCCACUGUCGUUUGCUGCUAGCUUGGGUAACAAGGAAAUGUAUUCAUAUUUGCUGUCAAAGGGAUCUGACCCUGAUGCAAAAGAUAGUUUUGGAAACACAGCAUUGCAUAUGAUGGUCAUACACCAACAACCUGACAUGUAUGUCUACUCCAUGAGCUCUGUAUCGUCUGUGAAGCCUAAAGAACAGAGUAAUGGGUAUAAUCGAACACCUCAAAUUUUAGCAGCAUUAACUGGUGCACCAAAAAUGUUUCAUGUCAUUGUUGAACUGAAGAAAGAGUGUCACUGGACAUAUGGAAAGAUGGAGUGUAACAGUUAUGAUCUGACUGGUAUUGAUUCAAUCAAUUCAGAACAGGGAGACACAGAUUCUCAGUCUGCUCUGAUACUGACAUUGAAUGGCACUGGUCAUGGUCAUUUAGAGAUGUUGGAGAGUACCAUUAUUGCUCGAGUGCUUGAGCAGAAAUGGAACACUUUUGGAAAAAAGAUGUUUGCAACAAGUCUCUUGCUUGUUCUACUGUACUUACUAUGUCUCAGCGUGUGCAUUUACACACGUCGAUCAGGAGAUCUGUUUGCUAUACAGAGUGGCCAGGACAUUGUUCGUCUUGUCUUUGAAGCUUUGACUGUCAUUGAAGCUGCUUGUUACACUGCGUAUGACUUAGUUCGAGUACUGGUCAAGUCAGGUCCAGUUACUGCAGUCAAGGCGUGGGUGAGAGAUGCUCCUAUGAAAUUGCUAUUCUUGUGUUCCUGCUCCCUUGUUUCACUGGUAGUGAUUGGUCGUCUUACUGGCUGCCGAGCACUAGAAGACGUGUGCUUGAGUCUUGUGGCUGUGGGCUCGUGGAGUUAUCUUUUGUUUUACUGCCGAGGUUUUCGACUGGUGGGUCCCUUUGUUGUGAUGAUCUAUGAAAUGAUUCUUGUUGAUGUACUGAGAUUUGUAUUGAUUUAUGUCAUUUUCUUGAUUGGAUUUUCACAAGUUUUCCAUUUUUUGUUGAAAGAUAGAGCCGAGUCAUUUGAGACAGCUUGGGGAAGUGCAAUGACUCUUUUUCAAAUGACUCUUGGCAGUUUUAAAUACUCUGAACUGAAGAAGGGCAAGCAUGUCAUCCUCGUUCAUAUUCUAUUUAUGGUCUUUAUGAUUCUUGCUGGAGUGUUGCUCUUUAACAUGCUAAUUGCCAUGAUGGCAGGCACAUACCAAAAUAUUACACAUCGCUCCUACAUGGAGUGGAGGAGGCAGUGGGCGAAAAUUAUCAUGGUACUUGAGUCAUCUCUGAGCAGUAGUCAGAGACUGAAAUAUCAGAACAUGUAUUCUAUUGAUAUGAACAGCAUUCUUCAGCCAUCAGGUCGGCGUGCCAGACGAAUACCUGCCCUCAUGGUGACCAAACAACGAGAUGAAACAUGUAUUAAAUACCAGUCAGCAGCCUUCAACUGGAAACGAGCUGAGGCACUUACAAAAGGACUGAAAGUGCUGCGGGUUUUGGGGAAAUGUGAAUCAGAGAUACUCACCCGACAAGCAGUGGCAAGCUCACAACGGAAACAGACAGGUGCAUUAAAAACAUGGACAGCUCCAAACGGAAAUACACAUGACUAAUUAUAGACAAGAUGUACAGU